AUGGCCACGCCGAGCAGGGACCCGAGCAGAGAAAGUUUAAAGAAAGAUGAGGAAGAUUCAGUCCCGUCGGAGGAGAGGAGCCUCACUGAUUUGAAAUUCAAGAUUAAGCCCUUCGAAAGAAAGCGUCCCAUUUUCAACCCAGAAAUAAUGGGAAUAAAAAAGAAGCGAACGGGGCCACUCACUCCCAUCCGGUCCAGUUCCAAUUCAAAUAUCCAAAAAGGCCUUGGCGAAGGAACCUCCAAAUCGUUUCUUUGGUCGACCUCUUCCUCGAAGAAAGAUGUGAAUAAAGAAGCGGAUAGUAAAGAAGAAGAAGGUUCCUCAGAAAAAUCGCCGAAGAGAAAUAUCCUCAAGGGCGUGGAACGAUACAUGGGCUGCUUGAGCACGAGAAUCAAAAAAGGCCUCUACGGUGGACCGUCUGGCCCGUGGAAGAAACAGUCAAGACAUGUGAUUCCGACGAAAAUUGUGAAGGAAGAAUUCGAGACGAUGCAAACGCCGGAAGCCAGGGAAAUCAUGGAUACGCUGCGGCGAUUGACAAGACCCAUCAGAAAAGGUGAUGGAUGGAUGUCCAUGAGAGAGGCAGAAAGUGCUCCUCUGCCAAAACCAGGCACGAAGCAUGGACCACCUGUGAGUUGGACGGCCAGGGAUCGCUGGAACAAGCAGAAGGUUGGCAUCACAAAUAUGGACCAGCUGCGAGAGAAAGCUGCCGAAACACCGUCAACAAUGUCCCUUCCUUCAAGCUCCAGUGGUGGUGGAGGAAAAGUCCGAGCAGCGAAAAUGUCUCGCCAACGAGAACCUCGAGCCCAGCCUCCUUCCGAAACAAUUGAGUCUGAAAGCUACAGUUUGGAUAGUGUACCCAAACUCACUGUUGAUCCAUCUCGCUUCCCUAAACCGGUGCAUUGCUCGACUCCAAAUCACAACGCCCCGAAGAAGUCUUUCUCCAGGGGCAAUUUGGAUGUUUCGAGGGAGCUCAAAUACGACGAGCCAUCGUCGAGUGUGUCCAAGUCGCAGCCCUGGAAGUCCCGGCCCUCGAAGAUCCCAACCGCGCCAAAGGAGUACAUCACUCCUGUUGAUCACAGCAAGCCGAUCCUCUUCUCCUGCCCUAACUACAAAGAAUCAUCAAGCUCUGGCUCUCCGGAAAGCAAAUCGGUUGAUUCCCAAGUUUCGUUCUCCUUCAGCCAGCCGAAAAAAUUAAAUAAACUUCGUCUCGGCGGGUCAAGCCAGAAGAAGAGCGACACAGGAAAAGUGAAUGUCAAGGGCUACUAUGAACAGAAGAAAAAGUUUAUGGAAAGCCAGCCCAAAAAGGUCGAAAGCAAGAAGGUUGAGCUCAAGGAAAAGACGCUCCCCAAGAUUGAAUCGGAGAAGAAGGAAGAGAAAGCGAAGCCAGCAGAGUCGACACUUCCACCUGCAGCAGGAGGUUUUGGCGACUUUAUGGCAAAACAAAAGGAAGCGUCGCAAGGAAAGUGGACAUGUGAUAUUUGCAUGGUUUCGAAUACCGCAGACCUCAAGAAAUGCUCCGCUUGCGAGACUCCAAAUCCCAAAGCAGCUGGCGAAAAGCCUGCCGAGACUGCAACUCCGAUCCCUCCCCCAGUUGCUGGUGGUUUCGCUGAUUUCAUGUCGAAGCAGAAGAGUCAAAGUGGCGGCAAGUGGUCCUGCGACGUCUGUAUGGUCUCCAACGCAGCUGAUCUGGCCAAAUGCUCGGCAUGCGAGACUCCCAACCCGAAAGCACCGGCUGGUGCCUCCAGUGCCGCUCCAGCAGCCGCAGCUCCAAAGUUCUCGUUCGGAACUUCGUCUGCAACACCAGCUACAGACGCUCCAAAGCCUUCAUUUACCUUCGGCGCUGCCAAAACAGAGGAGAAGAAAGAGGAUAAGGCACCAACGUUCACAUUUGGCGCUAAAAAGACGGAGGAGUCAACCACUUCGGCUCCGUCAUUUUCAUUUGGUGCUAAGCCGGCGGAAGAAAUGAAAGAUUCUGCAGCUCCCAAAUUCUCUUUCGGUGCUUCAACUGCCAAGCCCGCUACAGAUGCCGCCAAGCAAGCGACAGAGGCGGCUCCCUCUUUCACUUUUGGUGCGGGAACCAAAAAGGCUGAAGAGCCGAAAGCCGCUGCCCCAUCAUUUUCGUUCGGUGGUGCCAAGACAGAGGAGAAAAAAGCUGAUCCAGCACCAUCCUUCUCCUUUGGUGGCGCUGCGAAGAAAGAAGAAACCCCAAAGAUCGCCGCUCCUUCAUUCUCUUUCGGCGGCGAAGCUAAAAAGGACGAAGCGCCAAAGCCAGCCGCUCCUUCUUUCUCUUUUGGAGGGGCGUCCGCGCCAAAGACUGAUGCUGCACCUUCAUUUUCAUUUGGUGGUACACCAAAACCUGCCGAGCCAGCAGUUACUUCUGCACCUUCCUUCAGUUUUGGAGGCGGUUCUUCUAGUUCAACGGCUCCCGCAGCAGCUGCACCUUCUUUCUCUUUUGGAGGUGCUUCGAAGCCUGCCGAGCCAGCGAAGAGCGUUGCUCCAACAUUCUCGUUUGGUGGAAGCUCAAAACCAAAAACGGAAGCCGCGCCGUCGUUCAACUUCGGAGGAGCCCCGAGUGCGCCCGUGACAACAUCCGCUCCAAGUUUCUCAUUCGGAGGAGGAGCUGCCGCAGCGCCUGCAGCAGCAGAUAAACCGUUCACGUUCGGUGGAGCAUCUAACAACAGCUCAACAACCACAACAAACACUUUCGGAUCCGGAUCAUCUCAGAGCAAGCCCGCGGCGCCUUCAUUCAACUUUGGUGGGUCGAGCUCUACUGAAAGCAAACCAUUCGCUUUUGGAGGCAAUAACGAUAAGCCAGCAUCAACGGCUGCUGCCGCUCCAACUUUUAACUUCGGGGGAUCGCAGACGAACGAUUCAACUGGUAGCUCUUUGUUUGGUAACAACACUCAAUCAACUGCUGCGCCAAGUUUCUCAUUCAAAGGAAAGUCAGAGCCAUCAAGCCAAGGCUCCAUGUUUGGCAAUUCUAAUGCCACUACCGCCGCUCCCUCGUUUAACUUUGGUGGAUCCUCCAACACGGCUGCGAACGACAAGCCAUUUUCUUUUGGCGGCAGUUCAUCCCAAACUUCGUCGCAGGAUAAGCCUUUCAGCUUCGGAGGCGCGUCAAACCAAAACAGCGGUGGAUCUUCUUCUAUGUUUUCCCCUGAGCAGCCAACAAAACAGGCGAGCGCACCGACAUUCAACUUCGGCGGUAGUAGCUCUCAGCCCUCUUCUGGGACCAACAUGUUCGGUGGAAAUUCGAACAGCCAAAGCUCUGGAUUCAACUUUGGCGGGGGAAAUACAAAUCCCGCUCCUUCUGGAGGGAGUAUGUUCGGUAAUUCAAACCAGACAUCAAGUCAACAACCCGCCCCAUCUUUCAACUUUGGCGGCGGUGGAUCUCAAAAUAGCUCUCUAAACGGGAGCUUUAGCUUCGGCGGGAAUUCAAGUCAACCUGCACCGGGUGGAAACAUGUUCGGUGCUGGAGCUGCACCCGCUGCAAACAAUAGUGGUGUAGCUGCUCCUCGCAGAAAAAUCGUCCGCGCCCGUCGCAACAAACGAUAA